CGACGCCGCCGCCGCGGCGCCCCGAGGAGGAGGAGGAGAAGACGCAGCUGGGCCGCCGCCGUUAGAGGGGUCCCCGGCUGCCGCUCGCUCCCUCGGCCGUCGCCUCCGAGGUCGACCCUUCCGCGGGGGUCUUCCCUUUCUCCUCGCAACGCCUCCGGCGCCCGCUUACCGCCGCGAUGGGGCUCCUGGACGCGGAGCCUGGCAGUGUCCUGAACGUGGUGUCCACGGCGCUCAACGACACGGUGGAGUUCUACCGCUGGACCUGGUCCAUCACAGAUAAACGCGUGGAAAAUUGGCCUCUGAUGCAGUCUCCCUUGCCUACACUUUGUAUAAGCACUCUUUACCUCCUGUUCGUGUGGCUGGGUCCAAAAUGGAUGAAAGACAGAGAACCUUUUCAGAUGCGCUUAGUGCUCAUUAUCUAUAAUUUUGGGAUGGUUUUGCUUAACCUUUUUAUCUUCAGAGAGUUAUUCAUGGGAUCGUAUAAUGCAGGAUAUAGCUAUGUUUGCCAGGGUGUGGAUUAUUCUGAUGAUGUUAAUGAAGUCAGGAUAGCUGCUGCUCUGUGGUGGUACUUCAUAUCUAAGGGAAUUGAGUAUUUGGACACAGUGUUUUUCAUCCUGAGGAAGAAAAACAACCAAGUCUCUUUCCUUCAUGUAUAUCAUCACUGUACAAUGUUUACAUUGUGGUGGAUUGGAAUUAAGUGGGUCGCAGGGGGACAGGCAUUUUUCGGAGCCCAGCUGAAUUCCUUCAUCCAUGUGAUUAUGUAUUCAUACUAUGGGUUGACUGCCUUUGGCCCGUGGAUUCAGAAGUAUCUUUGGUGGAAACGAUACCUGACCAUGUUGCAGCUGGUUCAGUUCCACGUGACCAUCGGGCACACGGCUCUGUCCCUCUACAUGGACUGCCCCUUCCCCAAGUGGAUGCACUGGGCGCUCAUCGCCUACGCCAUCAGCUUCAUCCUCCUCUUCCUCAACUUCUAUGUACGGACCUACAAAGAGCCCAAGAACGCGAAGCCUGGAAAACCGGCCGUGAACGGCGUCUCAGCAAACGGUGUGAGCAAGUCAGACAAGCACCUAGGGCUGGAAAACGGAACAAAGCAGAAAAACGGAAAAGCGAAAGGAGAGUAAACUGAACUGGGCCUUAACGGUUGCUGACAAUGAGGAAGCUCCCAUUUCAUACAAGAUUUCAGGGAAAAGAGCAGCAAAUGAGGGCUUGGGGUUUUGGGGAGAAGAAGACAAAUGUGCUCUAUGUAUUAGUAACCUUUAGAUUGAGUAAAGUGUUAAAUACAACACCCAGAUGUUUUAUUUAUGAAGUUUUUAUUUUAAACAUUUUUUUAAUUAGCCUUGAUGUUGUCAGACCAAAGCAAUCAUUACAUGACCUUGGAGGCCCUCCCUCUGUUCACAUGUGUUUGUCUAACGCAUGAGACUUUUCAGUUACCUUCGUUCUUCAAUCCAAUGAUCACAGAAACGCGGUCUUCAUGCUUUUUUUUUUUGGUUUCUAAAUUACUGAUUACCUACUGACAAAAAUCAGUGACCUUCCAUUUUCUGGUCCCGAGCUGGAAAUGUGGAUACUUUGAAAUGUGCACAUUUGAAUUCAUUUGCUGACUGGAACGGUCAAAUCGCUCCACCUCUAGUCCGAAGAUACCCUUUUGGUUGUUAUUAAAUUUUAAAAAUCUGAUGAUUUCUGUAGACUCUUAGAGGCUUGAUGAUGAUGGUGUUGGUGAAAAUAAGAAUUACAGUAAAAUCCUGUCUGGCGACUCAGAGGUCACCAUGACUUGCAGCGCAAAUCACUGUGGGAAACAAUUUUUGUGAUGAGAAGGCAGCCUUUCAAUACUCCUGUUACUACCAGAAAUAUAUUAUGAAAAUUAAGAUUAUUGUCUGAUUGGAACAUGAAACAACUCAUGUCUUUAUUAAUAACAUCAUAAAAUAGUUACAUUUAUGGACUUUUAGAAGAGUAUGUUGAUUUCUUAUCAGGCUUUCCUUGUUUUGAUUUGUGGCUGUUACCGAAUUUUCAUAUGUGGAAAUAUACCUACCUCUUCUGUUGGAAAGAACAUUUAAAAUUAAAUAAAUUUUAAUGAAAAAAAUCAAGGAGUCCUCUACUGUAAAUUUUAAUAUUAGCUUUCGAAUUCACUAACUUUUUUUUUUUAACUAAUAGCAUAUACCAAGAUUUCCUGUGAAGCUAUCCUUCUCUUUCAAUGUAUUUAAUUUUGGAGUGAUACUUUCCUUGUGACAAAGUUACAAGGUUUUAUUUUUAACUAGAUGUGAAGUGUAAACCCAUUUUGGUACAAUAUUCUUGACUCCUUGGUGCUAAAGCUCAUUCAAUUCAGUGCUUGAUUGUUACAAGGUGUUAAUUGGUGACAUAAAAUGAAUGGGGAGAGUAGCCAGAACCAACAAAUGAAAUUUGCUGUUUCCAAAUGAAGUAUUUUAUGUAAUAUAAAAAAACUACUGGAAAUCCGCUAGGGAAGAGAACUUGUACAGUGUCUCAUUAGGUAGGUCACAUUGCUAGUGGGUAUUGCCCAGGAAUCAUUAGAGAAAGGGAAAAUGUGACCUCUCCAAAAAGCAUGAAUGUUUCUAAGUAUCUUUAAGAUGUCAAAACUGCAUGUGCAGGAUGUAAUGCUGUUUGUGCAGGCUAUCUCGGAAUAUUUUGUAAACUAUAAACUGUUUAUUGUGCAUUAAAAUUACACUUUUCCCCAAAGGCAUGCGGUUAUGAGAAUUACAGAAAAUUUGCAACACAUGUAAGAGUGGCCUAAGUGGAUUCGACACCUUUGUUUUUGCUGCUCAGUGUGUAAUGACCAGAGGUUUGUAAAUCUUUGUAAACAUUCUGUACUGGUUCCCCAGAGGUGUUCAUUCCCUGCUACCUGAUUUCAGCACAAUAAAUAUACUACAACUGUGGGAAA